AUGACCGAUUAUAGAUCCAAAAAACCUGCCGACCUUUCGAUUUGGAAGCUUCUUACCAUUCAAGAUCAAACCAGUGUUGGAGCACAUUCAUUGACUGUUAUGAAAAAUCUAACACCGAACCCAUUGGGGCGCAGACAACCUCUUGGCCUGGCUGAUGAGCCUAAACCCGAUCAUAAAAAUUGGCAAGGAGAUGGGAGGAUGGCGUUCGCUUUGAACUAUAAACGGAACGGGAAUUAUUGGGAGACUUUUGGUGCAGAAUUAUUAUUAGGUCAAGAGGGCCAUAAGAGUAAUGAUUAUUUGGACAUACUGGAUAAAGGAAAUUAUAUCGGAAUGGUAGUUGUUGGCCUUAAAUUUUAUCUUACCCACCCGAUGAAAGAAGUAAUCGAUGAUCAAAAAAGAGGAGAAAGGACGAGUGUUAUCAAUAGCCACUCGAAAAAAAGGAAGACAGGUGAUCGUCGAAAAAUUGGACUCGGAGCUGUUGGAAUUGGUUACAAAAAUGAAUUUGAGGCUGGAGAGGCGGACAAUGGAUGGAUAAACCAAUAUGGGGCGAAGUACCUUAGAAAAGGAGGGUUGAAAUUACCCGAGGUACUAAAGGAUAUGUUAUUAAACUCAAUGAAGAAACAGAGGGACGCAAGCAAAUACAAAUAG